GCAGGGUGUUGGAGACCUGAUGAUACCCAACCACCAGCUGUGGGGUGAGGAGGAGCAUGAAUGGAGACAGAGACCCCAGAUGACUAAAGACGUCCCACUUUGCCAGCAGAAUAAAAGGUGCCACAGGCACCAUGUCCAAUCCUGGUGAUGUCCGACCUGUUCCGCACAGGAGCAAAGUGUGCCGUUGUCUCUUCGGUCCCGUGGACAGUGAGCAGUUGCGCCGCGAUUGCGAUGCGCUCAUGGCGGGCUGUCUCCAGGAGGCCCGAGAAAGGUGGAACUUUGACUUCAUCACGGAGACGCCGCUGGAGGGCAACUUCGUCUGGGAGCGCGUUCGGAGCCUAGGGCUGCCCAAGGUCUACCUAAGCCCUGGGUCCCGCGGCCAUGACGACCUGGGAGGGGACAAGAGGCCCAGUACUUCCUCUGCCCUGCUGCAGGGGCCAGCUCCGGAGGACCACGUGGCCUUGUCGCUGUCUUGCACUCUGGUGUCUGAGCGGCCUGAAGAUUCCCCUGGUGGGCCCGGAACAUCUCAGGGCCGAAAACGGAGGCAGACCAGCCUGACAGAUUUCUAUCACUCCAAGCGCAGAUUGGUGUUCUCCAAGAGAAAACCCUGAAGUGCCCAUGGGAGCCCCGCCCUCUUCUGCUGUGGGUCAGGAGGCCUCUUCCCCAUCUUCGGCCUUAGCCCUCACUCUGUGUGUCUUAAUUAUUAUUUGUGUUUUAAUUUAAACGUCUCCUGUAUAUACGCCGCCUGCCCUCUCCCAGUCUCCAAACUUAAAGUUAUUUAAAAAAAGAACAAAACAAAACAAAAAAAAAACCAAAACAAACCUAAAUUAGUAGGACGGUAGGCCCCUUAGUGUGGGGGAUUUCUAUUAUGUAGAUUAUUAUUAUUUAAGCCCCUCCCAACCCAAGCUCUGUGUUUCUAUACUGGAGGAACAGUCCUACUGACAUCAUCCCAUCUGCAUCCGUUUCACCCAACCGCCCCUUCCCCCCAUUCCCUGCCUGAUUCCUUGCCACUUCUUACCUGGGGGUGAUCCUCAGACCUGAAUAGCACUUUGGAAAAAUGAGUAGGACUUUGGGGUCUCCUUGUCACCUCUAAGGCCAGCUAGGAUGACAGUGAAGCAGUCACAGCCUAGAACAGGGAUGGCAGUUAGGACUCAACUGUAAUAUCCCGACUCUUGACAUUGCUCAGACCUGCGAAGACAGGAAUGGUCCCCACUCUGGAUCCCCUUUGCCACUCCUGGGGAGCCCACCUCUCCUGUGGGUCUCUGCCAGCUGCCUCUCUAUUUUGGAGGGUUAAUCUGGUGAUCUGCUGCUCCCCCCCCCACUUCCCCUUCCACAGGUCUGCAGGAGGCAUCUCUAGGCACUUGCCCCAGAGCUCAGUGGACCGGAAGGGAAUGUGUAUGCAGGGUACACUUAAGUGGGAUUCCCUGGUCUUACCUUAGGCAGCUCCAGUGGCAACCCCCGCAUUGUAGGUCUAGGGUGGGUCCAGGGUGGGUCCUUGGUGGUGAGACAGGCCUCCCAGAGCAUUCUAUGGUAUGUGGUGGUGGGGGUGGGCUUAUCUGGGAUGGGGACCCCAGUUGGGGUUCUCAGUGACUUCUCCCAUUUCUUAGUAGCAGUUGUACAAGGAGCCAGGCCAAGAUGGUGUCUUGGGGGCUAAGGGAGCUCACAGGACACUGAGCAAUGGCUGAUCCUUUCUCAGUGUUGAAUACCGUGGGUGUCAAAGCACUUAGUGGGUCUGACUCCAUCCCCAAACACCCCUGUUUCUGUAACAUCUUGGUCUGGACUGUCUACCCUUAGCCCGCACCCCAACAACAUGUAUUGUGGCUCCCUCCCUGUCUCCACUCAGAUUGUAAGCGUCUCACGAGAAGGGACAGCACCCUGCAUUGUCCCGAGUCCUCACACCCGACCCCAAAGCUGGUGCUCAAUAAAUACUUCUCGAUGAUU